CUCCAUAAAGCACAUCUGAGCAGAAUUUGAAUUUUCAAACGCUUAUGGCUACAGGCUUUAAAACGCUAGCUCCUGAGACCAGCUAAUGUAUGGCAUUGAACAGAAAACCAAAUACCCCAUGUUCUCACUCCAAGUGGCAACUUAACAUUCGGAAGACAUGGACAUAAAAAAGGAAACAGCAGACACUGUGGCCUACUAGAAGGGGCACUGAAAACGCGCUAAACGCACCCCAAAGACGAUAUACCCACGUAACCAACCUGCGCAGGUACCUUCCAAGCCUAAAAAGUUAAAGGAAUUAGAAAACGUUACAACGGAGCGUUUAGUUAGACAACGUAAGAGUACCGAUCCAUGCACACUAUAGUUACAGCGAGAAAGAACCGGCAAAAAGUAAACACAAGAUCGUCAAGCUUAUUAAGGUCCAUUCACACACCACAAACGAAAUAAUAAUGAUCCUCUAAGUUCAGGUCAGAUGGGUAAUGUGCCGACGUCGUAACAAGGUUUAAGGGUAGCACAUCUCACGCAAGCGUGUGAACACCCAAUCAUCAUGCUCAUGAACUACAAAAGGAUCAGCGCAAGGCUGCAUGUUAAGAAGCUCCAAGAAUGUGCCACUGAUUUUACAGAUAGGGUGACUACCGUAAUGCAAUACGUCCGGUCGUCACAUAUAAAAUCCUGGAUAUUUUCAAAGUCACACUGAAAUUCUGUGGUGAUUCUUUUGUUUCUACCUUAGCAAAGAAAAACAGAAAUACAAUUAGCCAGCGGAUCAUUAUAUAUGUAAAUUUAUUCUCCAUAAUUCCACCUUUCUGUCAUUUUUCCCGAGUCUGGAUCUUAAUAGCUUUACGACCGUACGUCGUGAAAUGAGAAGGCGUUGCCGCAGUGCUGGCGGAAGCUAGCCUUGUGCUUUGCGGCAGCAAUAUGAGCUAGGUCCGGAUCCUGUAGACGCUGGGGUGCACGAGCGGCUGCAGUUCUCUUUGGGUGAUCGCUUCGUCUCUCUUCAGCGGAUCCCUCCCCGCCUCCAUUCUUAUCCUGUGGGAGAGACCAGCCUUCUGGUACUACAGUCAGGAAUGGAGCUUGACAACGCUCAGGAAACCCCAUCGCAGGAAGACUCUUCUUUGUGCGGGGAGAUAUCUCCUCCGGUCCUUGAACAGGCCUUCUCCAAAAUUUUACACUGUUUUACCGGCCCGGAGGCACGACGAGGCAACGCAAGAGAUGUAGCUCUUAAAGACCUCGGUGAUUUAAUAGAAGCCACCGAAUGUGUUAGGUUAUUUGAGGGGAGUGGUGCCCAGCUCCGCGGAAUGUUAGAGACACUGGGGAAGGUGGCAAAAGCCCUGGAGCAGUAUGCAGCCCCACCCAAGGAAGAGGAAGGUGGAGGUGCUAGGCACUCGGAAGUGGCCGAGAAAGCAGCCACAGUUGGGUUACUGUUUCUUAAGCUAUUGGGGAAAGCUGAGACUGCUAAGAAUUCUCUGGUCGGCCCUGCAUGGCAGACAGGCUUGCAUCACUUGGCAGGACCCGUUUGUAUUUUUGCCGUCACACAUAGCUUGGAGCAACCAUGGACCACUCCGAGAUCUCGGGAAGUUGCUAGGGAGGUCCUCACCUUACUGCUUCAAGUUACGGAAUGCGGUUCUGUAGCAGGAUUCCUACGUGGAGAAAAGGAAGAUGAGAAAGGGAGACUUUCAGUGAUAUUAGGGCUUCUCAAACCCAACUUGAAUAAGGAAUCCUGGAAGAAUAACCCUGCCAUCAAACAUGUUUUCUCAUGGACUCUGCAACAGGUCACUCGGCCCUGGCUGAGCCAAUAUCUGGAAAGGGUACUUCCCGCAUCAUUGCUCAUCUCAGAUGAUUAUCAGACUGAGAACAAAAUCCUGGGUGUACACUGUCUCCAUCACAUAGUGCUUAAUGUGCCAGCUGCUGAUUUGCUCCAGUAUAACAGAGCGCAGGUUUUAUACCAUGCCAUUUUCAACCACCUGUACACACCAGAGCACCACCUCGUUCAGGCUGUGCUCCUGUGCCUGCUGGAUUUAUUCCCCAUCCUGGAGAAAACCGUGCACUGGAAAGGAGAUGGAGCUCGACCCACCACCCAUUGUGAUGAGGUCCUGCAGCUGAUCCUGACUCACAUGGAGCCAGAGCACCGCCUUCUUUUACGCAGGACCUAUGCAAGAAACCUGCCGGCUUUUGUGAAGAGGUUGGGGAUCCUAACUGUCCGGCACUUGAAGAGGCUGGAGAGAGUCAUCAUUGGUUAUCUGGAGGUUUAUGAUGGACCUGAGGAGGAAGCCAGAUUGAAGAUAUUGGAAACCCUAAAACUUCUCAUGCAACAUACUUGGCCCAGAGUUUCCUGCAGACUUGUGGUCUUAUUGAAGGCUCUCUUAAAACUGAUAUGUGAUGUAGCAAGGGAUCCAAGCCUUACACCCCAGUGUGUUAAGAGCUCCCUGCUACAGGAGGCCACAGACUGCCUGAUUCUCCUGGACUGCUGCUCUCAAGGACGGGUGAAGGGUCUCCUGGCCAAAAUUCCCCAAAGCUGUGAAGACAGCAACGUGGUGAACUGUAUCAGAAAAGUCCAGCAGAUUUCUGAAGGCGCUCCCUAUGAUGGAACUUAAGACUUGCAUUACUUUCCCAAGACAGAAGGACUCGUUCCAUCCCAAAUUGUUUGAAUGGAGUUAUUUAAGAAAAAAGGUAUUUUUACAC